AUGGACGUUGACGACGAACAGCAAAAUCCCAGGCCUGCCCCGCGGCUGGAGGUCGUGUACCCGGAGUCAGACGAGGAUUUCGAGGACGAAGAGGACGACGGGCACGUCUCUAGCACUGACCUCGAAGGCAUGACACAAGGAGAGCGUCGCAAUUAUUUGGCCCAUCGGGAUAAGGUCCGUCGCAAAUACGAAGCCCGGAAGAAACAGCCUCCGCCCAAGGCAGAAACAGAAUGGAGCCGCUGCGUCCGCAACGCUCGAAUGGCGCAGCGUUUACUCAAGCGGGACAUCGAUGGUGCAUAUCGGGGCGUGCCGCGCCCCCCACGAUACGGUGCCGGAGAAGAGGCGUUCAUGGAGUGGGGCUACUACGCCAACGCUCACCUCGAGCACCUUUGGCGCCAGCGCGAAGCGGUCGAGGCGGGUCGUGUGCGCGCGCCGGCACCCUGGGAUCGGCGCGCCAUCGAGCCCUUUCGCCUACCAGCGCGACCGGGCCAAGCACCCGAUGGGCCUCAUGCGCUUGCUCCAGCCCAACCCACGACCUUGCCGUCUCUCGACGUGGCGAUGGCGGACUCAACUGACGCGGCGAGCGCACGAAUUUCAGCAACUGAGGAGCAGCCUCUCGGACGCAAGAACUCGUCGUUCAAGCGGACGACACAGCGCGAAACGGCGCCGGCCGCUGACCGCCAAUCUCGUCCGGGGACCUCGCGAACGAUAGCUUCCCUCGCUCCCACGCCACCUGCCCUUCCACCUUACAUGGUUCCUGCUACGUCGUCUACGACACUUCAAGGUACGUGA